AAGUUUCCAAAUAUUUCCACAAUAGAAACUCUGAAGUUUUACAAAUUUGCACCACCGAGAGCUCAAAUCUUUAACUAUUGAUCGAAGAAAAUCUAUCAAAAAUGGAUCGUCGCAAAGAUGACGACGGCGAAAAUAGGGUCGGGGUGGGGCAACAAUCUCGUUCUCCAUCUGUUCAGGAUCCUAAGUUGUGGAUGGUGGAAUGUGUGAUUGGUUCUGCACAAGAAACAGUUGUUUGCCUUAUGCAAAAGUAUACUGAUAAAGGAGCGGAGUUGCAAAUCCGUUCUGCUUUUAAGCUUGGUCAUAUCAUGAACUAUAUCUUUAUUGAAGCAGACGAGGCGGCCCAUGUGAGGGAGGCAUGCAAAGGAUUUCAUAACUUAGAUGCACAAAAAAUAUUGCGGACCUCAAUUAAACAAAUGAGUACCUUGCUUUCAGCUGGAAGAAAGGUACCAGGUCCUGGAAGAAAGGUACCAGGUCUUUCAGGGUGUCGCUGGGUUAGAAUGAAGAUUGGAAUAUACAAAGGAGACCUUGCUAAAGUAGUAAAUGUGGAUCAUGGGCGACAAAAAAUAACAGUGAAGUUAAUUCCAAGGAUUGACUUACAGGCUCUUGCAAAUAAACGGGAGGGCAGAGAGGCUGCUGAAGAGAAGGCUUUAUUACCCCCGCCACGGUUAAUGAAUGUAGAUGAAGUUAGAGAAACUCGUAUGGGGCGAAGAAAGUAUCAUGCAAUUAUUGGUGGGACGAUAUCUGAUGAUGGGUUCUUGUAUAAAACAGUGCCGCUGAAAUCACUUCGUAUUCGGAACAUCAAACCAACUUUUGAUGAACUUGAAAAAUUUUGAAAGCCUGGGGAGACUGAUGGUAAUGAUGAUGUGGGAAGCUCUGAAGUGUCCGCUAUCAGCACGAAGCUUGAUGAUCUUGUGCUGUUGAAGUGAGUGCUCAGAAUCAUUGUUGUUUUCUCAAUUAAUGUCUGAACUUUUUUUUUGUUUUCUUUUCCCAAGUACGUUUUCUCUGCUGUAAUCCGGUCAUAAACUCGCACUAUUUCGGAAGUUCAAAUCAGUUCGUGAAAGUGCAAAACAUUCACGUUCUAAUUUCUUUGAUAA